AUGGCGUCCUUGCUGCAAUCCGAGAGGGUUCUCUACCUAGUCCAGGGAGAAAAGAAGGUUCGGGCUCCGCUCUCACAGCUUUACUUCUGUCGCUAUUGUAGCGAGUUGCGGUCGCUGGAAUGUGUGUCUCACGAGGUGGAUUCUCAUUAUUGUCCCAGUUGCUUAGAAAAUAUGCCCUCGGCUGAAGCCAAACUGAAAAAGAAUAGAUGCGCCAACUGCUUUGACUGUCCUGGCUGCAUGCAUACUCUCUCCACCCGCGCAACAAGCAUCAGCACACAGCUCCCAGAUGACCCGUCCAAGACGACAAUGAAGAAAGCCUACUACCUGGCCUGUGGAUUUUGUCGCUGGACAUCUAGAGAUGUGGGCAUGGCUGACAAAUCUGUGGCUAGUGGCGGUUGGCAAGAACCUGAAAAUCCUCACACACAAAGGAUGAACAAACUUAUUGAAUAUUACCAGCAGCUUGCUCAGAAAGAGAAAGUUGAACGAGAUCGCAAGAAACUGGCACGACGUCGAAACUAUAUGCCUCUGGCUUUUUCGCAACACACUAUUCAUGUAGUGGACAAAUACGGUCUUGGAACCAGACUUCAACGACCACGAGCUGGUGCUUCCAUCAGUACCCUUGCUGGACUUUCCCUUAAAGAGGGAGAGGAUCAGAAAGAGAUCAAGAUUGAGCCAGCUCAGGCUCUAGAUGAAGUGGAGCCUCUACCUGAAGACUAUUAUACAAGACCAGUCAAUUUGACAGAGGUCACUACCCUUCAGCAGCGCCUCCUACAGCCGGACUUCCAACCAUUCUGUGCUUCACAGCUUUAUCCUCGCCACAAGCAUCUUCUGAUUAAACGGUCCCUACGCUGCCGAAAAUGUGAACAUAAUUUGAGCAAGCCAGAAUUUAAUCCAACAUCUAUCAAGUUCAAAAUCCAACUGGUUGCUGUCAACUAUAUCCCAGAAGUGAGGAUCAUGUCCAUUCCCAACCUUCGCUACAUGAAGGAGAGCCAGGUGCUCCUGACUCUAACAAAUCCAGUGGAGAACCUCACCCAUGUGACGUUGCUGGAGUGCGAGGAGGGGGACCCUGAUAAUAUCAAUAGCACUGCUAAAGUGGUGGUGCCUCCUAAGGAGCUCCUUUUAGCCGGCAAGGAUGCAGCAGCAGAAUAUGAUGAGCUGGCAGAACCCCAGGACUUUCAGGAUGACCCUGACAUUAUAGCCUUCAGAAAAGCCAACAAAGUGGGAAUUUUCAUCAAAGUUACCCCACAACGUGAGGAGGGCGAAGUAACCGUGUGCUUUAAGAUGAAACAUGAUUUCAAAAACCUGGCAGCACCCAUCCGCCCCACCGAAGAAACUGACCAGGGCACAGAGGUCAUCUGGCUCACUCAGCAUGUGGAACUCAGCCUGGGCCCACUUCUUCCUUAA